AUGGCAACCAAGAUAUUUGUGUUGUUUGCUCUUCUUGCUCUUUCGGUGAGUGCCGUUUCUGCGGUCACUUUUCCACAAUACGUCCCAUCAGUGAGUGCUUUGGGAGCCACACAGCAAUGUGUGCAAUACAACAUACUUCAACAUGCGCUCGUGACAGGCGUCUCGCCCUUGUCAGCUGUUAUCACACAACAACAACAACAACAACUAGAAUUCCUACAACAACAAAUUUUGGCACAUCUGACAAUACAGGACAUCACGGUUCAGCAGCAACUCUUCAACCCACUAGCCCAGGUGAGCCCUGUGGCCAACUGGGAGCAGCAGCAGCAGCUCUUCAACCUAUUGGCAGUGGCAAGCCCCGCCGCCUACUUGCAGCAGCAGCAGCAGAUCUUCAAUCAACUUGACAUGGCAAGCCCCGUCGCCAACUGGCUGAAACGUCAGCAGCAGCAGAUCUUCAACCAACUUACCGUGGCAAGCCCCAUCACCUACUGGCAGCAACAGCAGCAGCAACAGUUCUUCAACCAACUGGUCGUGGCAAGCCUCACUGCAUACUGCCAGCAACAGCAGCAGCUCUUUAACCCACUGGUCGUGGCAAGCCCCGUCGCUUACUGGCAACAACAUCAGCAACUCUUCAACCCACUAGCCAUGGCGACCCCCGCAGCCUACAGGCAGUAG